GCGAGCAUGCUCUUCAUAGUUGUCAGCCUCAGAAUUGGAUUUCUUGAAUAUAGUUACAGUUUCGGAGCAAAUAAGAACUGGGAGGAACACGUUUAUACUCCUACAUAGCUUCUUCUCAGCAGCUCAAAACGGGUGUUUAGAAGACCGUGCGCGAUUAGAUUUGCGUUAGUCCAAUCGUUUUCGUGGCUUCUUUCAUUUUCGCAUGGAAUGCACCGUGGUGUCUCUGUGUAGUUUGAACGCCGUUAAUUGUGCUCGCAGUUUAGCCCGUGGAUAUUACUGACGCGCACAACUGGGGGACAUCGCAGAAGAUAUUCUCCGAAAAUAAAUUUAAACAACGCAAUAGCAGACACAUGUUUCACUACAUGGGUUUCCGUCACUGAACAGCGGAAAACCACACAGACGCGCCUGUGUAAUUAAAGCUUGCAGCAGCAACGCGGACGGUUAUUACAUUGUUGUUGCGAAGCAAUUUCUUCUCCAGAGACGCGCGUGGCGAGCGCUGAAGUGUGCUGGAGCCGAGAGCGGAUCGCCUGGAGCCGGACUCCUCGCUCCUCAGGACGAUGGUGUUAGACAAGGAAGAGGGACAAAAAUGGGGGAAGGGUCUACCAGCAAGAUUCCAGACUGUGCAAAGAGUGAUGACAGGUGUGCCGAUGCUCUCCGUCCAGCCCAAAGGAAAACAGAAGGGAUGCGCCGGCUGCAACCGUAAGAUUAAAGACCGCUACCUGCUCAAGGCUCUGGACAAAUACUGGCACGAAGACUGUCUCAAAUGUGCCUGCUGUGACUGCCGCCUGGGGGAGGUGGGCUCCACCCUCUACACUAAAGCCAAUCUCAUCCUCUGUCGCAGGGACUACCUGAGGCUCUUUGGUACGACGGGGAACUGCGCAGCCUGCAGUAAACUGAUCCCAGCCUUUGAAAUGGUGAUGAGGGCCAGAGAUAAUGUUUACCAUUUGGACUGUUUUGCCUGUCAGCUUUGUAACCAGAGGUUUUGCGUGGGUGAUAAGUUUUUCCUAAAGAAUAACAUGAUUCUGUGUCAGAUGGACUAUGAGGAGGGCCAGCUCAACGGGAGCUUUGAGACACAAGUUCAAUAGCCAGUCAAACGAUGGCAGCGGUAGCUCUUGGUCCACACACACAUGCAUACACACGCUUAUGUGCGAUGGAUGUUCUGCUGCACUUAGAGAGAAGAGCAUCUGUCUGCUUGCCUGCAAUACUUUUUACAGUACAAGCCCUAUUGGUCCCUGAGGACUCCAUUGUAAAUGUACUACUUUUGGCCCUUCCUGUCCCCAACACUAAGCAGUUACACAUUUUGAUGUACAGUUGUGCCUGCUUAGCUGAGCACUGUAUUGCCUGUAUGGUUUUUGUGAUUGUUUUUCUGUUUUGGUCUUUCACUUUCUCUUACGUUUUCUUUCCAACUCUCUCUUGUUCUCUCUAAUGCGUCUCUGAGAGUAUGUACAGUCUGUUUAUAAAUUGGAACAUUUAUUUUAUGAAACUGUAAUGCAAUUUUAUUACCAGUGUGAAUUAAAAAGAUUCUUAAAUGUU